AUGGGCUCUAUCGAAGGUGGGGUACAAGUCGCCGCAUGGCUGGACAAGCCUGGACAUGGGGCAGUUCUGCGGAUCAGAGAGGAUAUCGACAUACCAAUACCCAAGGAGGGAGAAGUGUUAGUCAAGCUCGAGUGCAGUGGCAUCUGCCAUUCCGACGUCCACAGUAUCUACAAUGAAACUCCGAUGGACACCGAUAUCGCUGGGCAUGAAGGUGUCGGCUACGUGGUAAAAUGCGGACCCUCAGUCGCAGAUGAGGUGCUGAAUGCUCGUGUUGGCGUUAAAUGGCAAUAUCGCACUUGUGGCAAGUGUGAGAUCUGUGCUGUUGAUUCGACAGCUUGUCCAUACCAAGACAAUGCAGGCCGCAACGUUCGCGGGACAUUCGCACAAUACAUUUGUGCUCCCGUCAGAGACCUCACCAUGCUACCGGAGGGUCUGGAGUCAAAAAUACUAGCACCUUUGUUGUGUGCCGGAUUGACUAUGUAUUCCGCCAUUGCCAAAGCGCAGCUGAAGCCUGGCCAUUGGCUCGUCUUACCAGGGGCAGGUGGAGGUCUCGGUCACAUCGGUGUGCAAAUUGCUGCCAGUCGAGGCUACAAAGUCAUCGCCAUCGAUAGUGGUAAGGAGAAGAGGAAGCUCUGUCUUGAUCUAGGAGCUGCACUAUUCAUCGACUUUAGAGAAGAGGACAUUGAGGCUGAGGUAAGCAGAGCGACGGGAGGAUAUGGUGCUCAUGCUGUCAUUGUUGGUGUUGGGUCUGAGAGUGCUUACCGACAAGGUUUCGCCGUUUUGCGCAACCUUGGAACGCUAGUGUGCGUAGGCAUACCAGGAAUUAGUUGUCAACUACCUGUAACCCCCUUUCAAAUGAUCGUGAAAGGGCUGAAGGUGGUUGGAUCGUCCUGUGGAACCCCUACCGAAAUGCAUGAGCUUUUGGAUAUGGCCAUGGCUGGUAAGGUCAUUCCACAGGUCACUGUCUAUGAGCUGGAAGACAUCAAUACCAUUGUGGAAAAGCUAGCACGUUUCCAAAUUGGUGGAAGAGUCGUCCUUCGGAUACCACAGUGA